AUGAAGUGCGCUUUGAUCUUGGCCUGUCUAACACUUUAUGUGGCCUAUACCACUGGCCAGGACGUUUGCCGGGGUCGGCCAGUAAUUCAGGUAUGUUCAGGUGGCCGGGAUGAUGGAAACGCAAAUCUCUGGACUUGCCAUGCCAGAAACCAGGAAAUGUGGUACUACAAUUCAAGGAGCAGGAGCUGCUCCAGGAUGCGCUAUCGGGGAUGCGGUGGCAACAAUAAUCGAUAUUGCUCUGAGAACCAUUGCCGAAGAAGUUGCAGGCGCUAA